AAGAGGUAGAAGAUAACUAAGAGGGCUCUCUUCAGUGCUUUCUCUUGUUUUUUUCUUUCUUUUCCUUCCAAAUGGCUCAAUAUCAUUACUCAUCUCCAAUUACGUGUUCUAUCUUUGUAUUCGAAGCUUUCGAAACGCUAGAGAAAAAAAAAUGUCCGAGACACCGCCCUCCGUGCUUCAAUGGCUUCGCCUCUCAAAUCGUGAUGUCUCUGACAUAUGGAUUGGGUGCCUAGUUACUAUUUCGGCCAGCACCUUCUUAGCACUUCAUCUCAGCGUGAAGCCUUAUAAUCCUCCGGCGACCCCAGGGUCAUUUCUGAAAAGGUGGUGGCUAUCGCGUUUUAACCAUGAAUUCCGACGGCAAAUACUCUGGAGUAUCGUGAUGGUUAUUGCACCCGAACUGAUGGUCGGGUUCUCAUUUGGCGACUGGCGUGCGGCAUCUGCAGGCUUGCAUAUGUUCAAGACCUUCGGAGAAGGACAUGUUCACGACUGGUCCAAGAUUCAUGCCAGUUUUGCCAAUAUGGGCGGUUUCAAAUUCGAGAUGAAGACGGACUCGCCCAACGGUGCCCAAUUCCGUUUGAUUAAUGAAAAGGUCUUGUUGGAAAUGUAUAAGAACACCGGUGUCUAUAAUACGACCUUCAUGGCCCUGAGGUGUCUCAUCGGCAACUAUACCAUGCCACCAACCUUGUGGCUUAAAAAUACCUCUAAGCGGUCUGCUGAGUAUUUGAAGAGUAUCUGGGAUCAUACCCAAAACCUUGCAAAAAGAAAAACACCAAGACGUGAGACGUACGAGCUAAGACGAAAUGAACCGUCCUCGACGCAAGCAGACAAUUCGGCAUCUCAUAUGCCAGACGAGACUACGGGUUCUAUGGCAGCGUCAGCAACUAGUAUUAACAACGCAUCUCAACAUUCAGGUACAGCUAGGGACGAAGAAACGGCAGAGCUAGUCCAUGGUGAAGUAGCUCUCUAUUUAAACGCGAUGCAGAUUGUUGUAGCCCAGUAUCUACAGAUUCUCGACGAGGGACCCCUACUAAACGAAGAAGCUAUCGAGGACAAAAGCAAGGCCAACCCCCUAUCGAAGGGUAUCGCAAUUAUAUCACUGUUCUGGUUCAUCUUGGGAAUAUUCAUCCAGCUUUUCCAGAACGAGGAACUUACUCAGCUGGAGCUCUCAACUUUUACGUAUGCGAUCUGCGCAGCUAUUGCGUAUUGUCUGUAUUGGACCAAACCCCAGGCCGUCGCAGUCCCGAUAGCGCAUUCGGUUAUGACCUCAGAUACCGUUCGCUCGAUAAACCAUCGCGAUAUUCGCAUUCUCAAAUACUUUAGUGGCAGCUCCUUCCUAUCACGAAACUGUACCCCGCGAUUCUACAUAGACAAUAGGAUAGUAGAACCGUCAGAGCCAGCCCCCACAGACGUAUCUCUUACCGUGUUUGCUGUCAUUGGGUUUGGAGACCAAGCUGUAUUGCUAUAUGAUGCUGAUCUGGCUAGCAUCGCCAUGGGUAUGGUAUUCGGGGCUAUAUACUGCCUUGGGUGGAACAAUACCUUCCCCUCGCACUGGGAGCAGCUUGCCUGGCGCAUAUCAUCUUUAACUAUAACAGCGUCUCGCAUACCAUACUCUAUCGCCAAAGCUAUCUGUACAAUAGCAUUUGGUAGGUUCACGAGCAGAAGGGCGCGAAUGACGCAUCCCGUGCAUAUCCUGGCGCUUGUUUUUCCUGGGAAGUAUUUACGUUGCCUGUCGACUUUUUAUGCUAUACGAGAUGAUUCGGGCGCCGAUCACAUAGACUAAAAAAUGGGAAGGCUAAGACGCAUUGUAUAGGUCGAGGGAACAAUCUGAUAUGGCCACAAUUUUCAACUCUAAGUAUCUCCUCCUAAGCUUGAAUUAGUUAUACGGAUAGAAACAGUGUAGGGCGGUAUAGGUACGGGGGUUCUUUUAACUAUACGAAGCCUACGGGAUUGAUAUAGUCGGUUAUAUUCUCUUCCGCGUUCUUUGGCUUCAUGGUCAUCCUAUUAUUUAAAAGGGUUGAGGCUACUUUUCAGAUUGAAGACAAGACACAGGUGGAUAUAGGGGUUUGGCAUAGUUCAUAAGUCAAUAGAAAUAUUUGGGGAAUAUAAUGAAUUAUUAAGCUGUUUAGCUUGGAAAUAUACCUAACGUAUCCCAAGAGGUACAGUACCUAAUACAUGUACUGUGCCCUUAUGGUACCUACAUCAUGUAGCUCGUU